AUGGCUUUUUCGGUGUUUCUAGGCCAAGGCACAAGUAACUUUGCUAAAUGUAUGGCUCUCCUUCAUGGGGUUCGUAUACUCAGGAGCCUGGGCAUCACAAAGGCUGAAAUUGAAAUGGAUUCGUUGGUUGUGGUAAAAUGGUUAAAGUCCUCAAGAUGUGAAGUUUGGUACCUUGAAGAGUAUUGGGAUGAGAUCCUGGAGUUACUUAAACACCAACAAUUUACUAUCCGCCAUAUAUUCAGACAAGGAAAUGCACCUGCAGAUUUCAUGGCUCGGAUGGGAUCCAGUGGCUGCUCGACUAGGUGGCACUCCUUCAAUGAGCUGCCACAACCUUUGAAGGGGCUGCUUCGCAUGGACAAGUUAGACUUCCCAUAUCUUAGGCUUGCUGGUUAG